UGCGCGCCGCGGCUUCCCACAGCCCAGACUGACAGCCCAGUGGUGACUUCCGGCCUUCUGCGUUUUGUCACAUUAUCCAAAAGGCAUUUUAUUCAUUCAACUGCUGAAGUUUUGACAUACAAGAUGAAGCAAGAUGCUGCAAGAAAUACUGCUACCUACACUGUGGAUUGUGAAGAUUAUGUGCAUGUGGUAGAAUUUAAUCCCUUUGAGAGUGGUGAUUCGGGAAGUUUAAUUGCAUAUGGUGGCAAUAAUUAUGUGGCUGUUGGCAUGUGUACAUUCCAGGAGGAAGAAGCAGACAUUGAAGGAAUUCAGUAUAAAACAUUACGAACAUUUCACCAUGGAGUCAGAGUUGAUUGCAUAGCAUGGAGUCCAGAGACAAGACUCGAUUCAUUGCCUCCAGUAAUCAGAUUUGGUACUUCAGCUGCUGAUAUGAAAAUUAGAAUAUUUACUUCAGAUCUUCAAGAUAAAAAUGAAUAUAAGGUUUUAGAGGGCCAUUCAGAUUUCAUUAAUAGUCUGGUGUUUCAUCCCAAAAGUGGCCAAGAAAUUGCAAGUGUGAGUGAUGAUCACACCUGCAGGAUUUGGAGCUUAGAUGGAAGUCAGACAGCCCAUUUUGUUCUUCACUCUCCUGGAAUGAGUGUAUGCUGGCAUCCUGAGGAAACUUUUAAGCUGAUGGUGGCCGAGAAGAAUGGAACAAUCCGGUUUUAUGAUCUUUCAGCCCAACAGGCUAUUUUGUCUCUUGAAUCAGAACAAGCGCCAUUAAUGUCAGCACAUUGGUGCUUAAAAAACACCUUCAAAGUUGGUGCUGUUGCAGGAAAUGAUUGGUUAAUUUGGGACAUCACUCAGUCCAGUUAUCCUCAAGAGACAAGACCUGCUCACAUGGACCGAGCCUACUUAUUCAGGUGGUCUGGAAUUAGUGAAGAAUUGUUUGCAACUACUGGCUAUCCUGGUAAAAUGACAAGUCAGAUUCAGAUUCGUCACUUAGGACACCCUCAGCCCAUCCUCACUGGUUCUGUAGCUGUGGGGUCUGGCCUUUCCUGGCAUCGAACUCUCCCACUGUGUGCAAUUGGAGGAGACCACAAGCUCUUGUUUUGGGUGACUGAAGUGUAAUGUACAUCUUCUCUGGACUUGGAAACUUUGUAUUUUUAGUACAUAUUUUUGAGAAUUCCUUAUUUUUGUAUCAAAUAUACUGUAAACACUAGAAAUGUCUCAGUAGUCUCUUGUUAAAUAAAAUGUUGAUAGUUUGGAAAACUU